AACCACGCCCCUCUAUAUCAGACCACGCCCCUUACCGCGAGACCCGGCCUCUCAUUGGCUCAGAUCCCGCCCCCUAAAAUCCCGUUAGGGGGCUCCGCCCCUCUCUCCGCCCUGCGACCCGGAAGCGAGUGAGCAGAACGGAACACGUGUUCGGGCUGAGUUCAGGUGGACGCUAAACAUAACCGGACGGACGUUUUCAAGUGGUUGACCACCGAAAUUUCGGAACUGGGUGCACGCGGCGUCACCGACCCCACAGCAAGGUCACCGAGGAUUCCUGGGUCUGCCCAGAGUUUGCCCGUCUUCGUGAGCACAGCGCCGCCGUUAAACGCGGCGUUCGAGAAUGGCAGAGAUGCUUCUGAAAGGAGCAAAGCGCCUGCGCUGCUUGAAUCGUCACGCGGGGGCCCGUGGAGCCACGUGGAAGCACUCUGAAGGAGAGGUGGGAUGGCCGUCUCGUGCCCAGUACUGCAGCUCUGGACACGAAGGAGCGGAGAGCUCCCCCGGGUUCGACGUGAUCGUGGUGGGAGGGGGGCACGCGGGGAGCGAGGCGGCAGCGGCUGCAGCGCGCACGGGCGCCCGGACGCUGCUCGUCACGCACAAGUUCGACACCGUCGGCGAGAUGUCGUGUAACCCUUCGUUUGGCGGCAUUGGCAAGGGCCAUCUGAUGCGUGAGGUGGAUGCCCUGGACGGGCUGUGUGGGCGCUUGUGCGACCUCUCGGGCGUGCACUACCAUGUGCUCAACCGCCGCAAGGGCGCCGCUGUGUGGGGCCUUCGAGCGCAAAUCGACCGCACGUUGUACAAGCAAAAUAUGCAGGAGGAGAUCUUAAGUACGCCGAACCUGACUGUGCGGACAGCAGCUGUGGAGGACCUGAUCGUCGAUGAGCCCGCGGUGACGCAAGUGGGGAAGUGUCGUGUGCGUGGAGUUAUUCUGGGGAGCGGCGAGCGGGUGGAGGGGCACGGCGUGGUGAUCACCGCGGGCACGUUCCUGCGCGGGGUCGUGGGCAUCGGCACGGAGACGUGGCCGGCGGGGCGCGCGGGCGACGGCCCCGCCGUGGGGCUGGCUCGGACGCUCGAGGAGCUCGGCUUCACCGUUGGCAGACUCAAAACGGGAACGCCACCACGGAUCGCCAAAGAUUCUGUGAAUUUCGCCGAUCUUCAGAAACAGUUUCCGGACAACCCUCCGGUUCCAUUCAGCUUCAUGAAUGAGAAAGUGUGGAUCAAGCCCGAGGAGCAGAUGGUGUGUCACUUGACACAUACGGGCCCGGAGGUGGAGCGGAUGAUACGGGACAAUCUUCACCAGACCAUGCACGUGGCAGAGACCACAAUGGGGCCAAGGUACUGCCCAUCCAUCGAGGCGAAGGUGCUGCGCUUCUCGGGGCGGAGGCACCAGGUAUGGCUGGAGCCCGAGGGGCUGCACUCCGACAUCAUCUACCCGCAGGGCCUGUCCAUGACGUUACCUGCCCCUCUACAGGAGCAGCUGCUGCGCACCAUCCCCGGACUCGAGAACUGUCGCGUCUUGCGCCCAGGCUACGGGGUGCAGUACGACUUCAUGGACCCACGGCAGAUCCGUCCAACCUUGGAAACGCGCCUCAUGCAGGGGCUGUUCUUCGCAGGGCAGAUCAACGGCACCACGGGCUACGAGGAGGCAGCCGCGCAGGGAAUAAUAGCCGGCAUAAACGCGGGCCUGAGGGCGGCGGGGCGGCCGCCGUUUGUCGUGAGCCGCACGGAGGGCUACCUGGGCGUGCUCAUCGAUGACCUCACCACCAUGGGCGCCAGCGAGCCCUACCGCAUGUUCACCAGCCGCGCCGAGUUCCGGCUCUCGCUGCGGCCCGACAACGCAGACCAGCGCCUCACACCGAGAGGUUACACAGAGGCAGGCUGCGUGAGUGAGGAGCGCUACCGUCGCGCCCUCUCCGUUGGCACGGAGCUCCAGGAGGGGCUCGACAUCCUCCGAGACCACCGCCUCUCGACCUCCAAGUGGAAGAAGGCGCUGCCGUCAUGUGACAUGAGCACCACGCGCAGUGACAGCCCCAGUGCCCUUCUCGUUCUGCAACAGCCAAAUGUCACUCUGAGGGACAUAGCGGUCGUCUUCCCGGAAUCCCUUGCCCGGUUCACCCACUCGCAGGAGGUGUGCCAGAGGAUGAAGAUUGAAGCCGUGUACUCCACACUCACCUCGAGGCAGCAGGAUGAGAUCGAGGAGGUCCGUCGAGACGAAGCGCUGCAGCUCCCGGACGACCUGGACUAUGAGCAGCUCAAUAUCUCGCUCUCGAGCGAGGUGCGAGAGAAACUCGCGCUCGUCCGCCCGCCCACGAUCGGAGCGGCCGGAAGGAUUCCUGGCGUCACUCCCGCCGCCGUCAUCAACCUCCUGCGCUUUGUGAGACAACGGCCGCAUGACGGGCGGCCAGGGGUCGGAGGCCACAACUCCGAUACGCGCGUCACACAGCAUGCACAGGAUUCCUAUUGAAACGAGUCCCGCCACCACACACACAAGACGCUGCGCUGCAAUAUUCAGCCGAGUGGAGGCUCGGCCAUUGCGCAUCAAACUGCGAAUUAUCCAUCACCCAAAGAAGCGUGAAUUGUCACGAUUCGGGGUGGUAUGUCAAUUCACGAUCCAUUUAAUUUUUUUGUCCCGCUUUUAGCAUCUCAUUUGUAUUGUUUCUUUGUAUAGUUUGUUCCUUUAACCGAAAUGUAAAGGGAUGUCAUACGAGCGUACUCUGCAUACGUCAUAAACGAUCGCUGACUACACGCACAAUUCGUGGUACGUAUCGUGAGCCUAAGAACCAAUAUUAGUCAUCCCACACCUCUGGCUUCUGUUAGCGACUUGCCGCUGCCACCAGUCGAAUGUUUAUCCAGGAUCGGGCAUGUGACGAUGUGUAGCUCUGGUGAGGUCCUCUGCCGUGCCUGACUGCCUAAUGGUAAUCACACUUCUUAUCAUAUAUACCAGGUGUUAGGACUACUCUUACAGAAAUUAUUCUUGAUGCACGGUGAACGGAAACGAUUACUUGGUCAGUAGCUGAUUAUAAGAACAGUUCAGAUAUACGCAACAUCCUUACAUUACACUGGUUGGGGGGGCAGGGGGAGCAAGUUUAAGGGCAACUUCUGAUACAAAACACGCUUUUGUUAUAAUCCACACCUUGCCUUACCCCUGGGUGCUGUGCGCAUUGCACGUCGAAUGACAAUCGUGGCAUCGGCCUUUCUGUUGCCAUUCUUUCUGCUUAAGAAGGUACGGGACAGGGAAGAGUGCCGCUCGGUCGUGCUUACAGUCGGGUGUCCUGGGCUCGUGACCUCGGCAAGGGCAACACCCCCCGUUUGCCGUCAGAGCGAGCCGAUACAUGCACGUCAGGUGCCGUUCGCUGAAAGCCGUUUAUUUCAAGUUGCGGUGUUCUGGGUGGCUUGGUUUUAUUUGUGGCACAUGCGCCGGUGAGACGACUCCGCCUCGCCUGUGGGGUGCUUUAAAGUAAUGGUUCGGCAGACCAUGGAGAUGUUAAUCCGGUCUCUGAGCCGUGGAUUUUACUGGAGGCAAAAGGGGGGGGGGAAUUAUUGUCCUGAGAAGUUGGAAUAUUUGUCACACGCUUGCUUUCUGCAGUUUGAAUGGAUUGGAUUUGUUACACCAAUGGUGGUCCCGUUGAGCCAGUUGCCAGACUAUUUUUACACUGGAGAUCCGUGUUGUGACCACAGCAACAAAACAAAAAUUGUAAAAACGUUGAUGUUGCAGAGUACGAGAAGAGGGUCCUUAAGGGUUAUUGCAGAGGCUAAGACUUGCGGCCUCCGCUCAUCUAUAAGUGGCAACUUGAAAAGUGUUAAUGUACAUAGCGUAUGUUCUCAUAAGUUAUUUUACAGUACUGUAUUUUUCGUAUGGAGAGACUACACAAAGUAUGGAAAUUGCUUUGAUUAAAAGUUGCUUUUUCAUCCUAAAUAUACAAGAUUUG